AUGCAUGCCUCUCUGAGCUUCUCUGCUAAUCCCUUAGCCACCAACUGUGAAUCUCAAACUAAACGAAUUAGGGAAUUCUCCGCUAUUCUCGUUACCCCAUCACCCAAGAAGACAUCCUCUAGAGAAAUCACGAGGCCGGUUAUUUCAGUGCCGCUUCGUGAACCUAAACCCUCACUCACACCACCACCGCCGCCCACCCUAAACCCAUUUCAGAAACUAGCGGCUUCCCUAUUAGACAUCGUGGAGACAUCCCUCAUCGCAGAAUCCGAGAAGAAGAAUCCUCUCCCUAAGACAGUCGACCCUGCAAUCCAAAUCUCUGGCAAUUUCGCUCCUGUUCCAGAAACUCCGGUUCAGCACGAUUUGCAGGUAACCGGUCGUAUACCGGCCGAGCUUAAUGGAGUAUAUCUCCGUAAUGGAGCCAACCCCAUGCUCGCACCAUCCGGGGGCCACCACCUAUUCGACGGCGACGGCAUGAUUCACGCUGUCUCCUUAAACAGUAACACCAAUAGAGCUAGCUAUAGCAGCCGCUUCACCCGAACGAGACGACUCAUGCAGGAAUCGGCAUUUGGAAGGCAACUCUUUCCUAAGCCGAUUGGAGAAUUGCAUGGCCACACAGGAAUCGCAAGGCUUUUACUCUUUCAAGCACGUGCUAUGGUGGGUCUCGUCAAUGCCAGUCAAGGCAUCGGUGUCGCUAAUGCCGGUCUGGUUUACUUCAACGGUCACCUCCUCGCCAUGUCGGAGGACGACCUCCCUUACCAUGUCAGGAUCACAGCCGAUGGUGACCUCGAGACCGUUGGCCGGUUCGACUUUUCCGGUCAACUCGAGUCAUCCAUGAUAGCUCACCCUAAGAUGGACCCCUCAACGGGCGAGCUUUUCUCUUUAAGCUACGAUGUCAUGAAAAAGCCUUACCUCAAGUCCUUCAGAUUUGACAAAAAGGGAAGGAAGUCACACGAAGUUGCAAUCUCACUCGACCAACCCACAAUGAUCCACGACUUCGCCAUCACAGAGAACUCCAUAGUGAUCCCUGAUCAUCAGGUGGUUUUUAAGGUCACUGAGAUGAUAAAGGGUGGAUCCCCGGUUGUCUUCGACCAAACCAAGACCGCCCGGUUCGGGGUUCUACCCAAGAACGACACCGACGAGUCCAGAAUCCGUUGGAUCGACGUGCCCGAUUGCUUCUGCUUCCAUUUAUGGAACGCCUGGGAGGAAACUUCAGCCAACGGUGACAAUCUUGUCACCGUUAUCGGAUCAUGUAUGACUCCUGCUGAUUCAAUUUUCAACGAACACAACGAACGGCUACGUGCUGUUUUGUCAGAAAUCCGGUUGAACCUAACGACGGGCGAGUCGAGCCGCCAUGAAAUUGUUUCCGGGUUGAACCUAGAGGUUGGCCAAGUCAACAAGAGAUUUCUUGGGCGGAAGACGAGGUACGCUUACUUGGCCAUUGCAGAGCCCUGGCCCAAGUGCUCAGGAAUCGCGAAGGUGGACUUGGGCACUGGUGAGGUAACGAAAUUUGAGUUCGGUGAGGGAAGGUUCGGGGGCGAGCCAUGUUUCGUACCAGGACCGGUGAAGAAGAUGAAGGGUACGUGAUGAGUUACGUUAGGGACGAGAAAAGGGAAAGAUCAGAGCUGGUGGUAGUGAAUGCUUCGACCAUGAAACAAGAGGCCUCCGUGAGAUUACCUGCAAGGGUUCCGUAUGGGUUCCAUGGUACUUUUGUUGAUUCGGAGGAAC